AUGCUCACCUUCUCAAGCUCCCGGCCAACCCGGCAGCCCGCCCGCGGGGUGUGCCGGCCACACGAGACCGGCGAGUCGAAUUUCAACUCUGCGUGUCCAAACUCAUUCAACACAAUAAAGACUGCCAUGGCGGCAGGGCUCGGGAGCAGUCUAUUUCUGUUUCAAGAACUGUCGAGUAUUUCUCCUAGGAUUUUGACGGAAGCUUCGCUGCCGUCACCUACGUUUCCACCUUCAUCGACCUAUCAAGAAGAAGACGGGGGCAGUAUGGGGAAUUCAAAAUCGAAACCAUCUCGAGAACCAAAGCCGAAUUCACGAUUCUCACGGCUCUCUACCACAGCCCCAGUAACCUCACCCGUUUCGGCAUCCAAACGCACAAAACCGGAGUAUAAACUCAAGGUCAUCUGCUCCAGCUGCGCCCGCAAAAACCUGCCUGAGACGGCCUGCCACACAGCGAACGAUAUCAACGCCAACGGGGGGAGCAACCUCGCCUUUCAGGAAGGGAGUUCUUACUAUGAAAACCAAGAGCUGAAGAGUUGGAAGCUGGAGAUUGACUGCUGCGGUUGGAGCAGGACGCGGGAGGAGGGGGUUUAUCUCGUGGAGAAGCUCAUGAAGAAUGCGCAGGAAAGGGGAAGGCCAAUUAGUGUGGACGAGGUGCUGGUGAAGCUGGAGGAGGGCGGGAUUGCGCAUAGGAGUAAUGUGGCCAAGAGGUUUUAUAAGCCUAGGGGGCAGGAUAACGCUCAGAGGCCGAGGGGUUCGCAGCAGCAGCAGCAGCAGCAGCAGCAGCAACCACGUCCCCAAUCACACCCGCAGCCGCAACAACAACUACAGCAAAGAACGAGACAGGGAUGGAGUCAGCAGAGUUGGCAUCAGGGGGUCGAGUACCAGUACCCUGGAAGACGAUGAACGACAGAAGAAUCAUGACAUAUGGCUCUGCCACGGUGCAUAGCUUGGAUUUUGGUUUCGUAAUCUAUCAUAUCAGCUUGGGGCUGGCACACCCGAGUAUUCCGAGCAUAAAUUGGGCAUUGGGACUGGAUAUGGUGUGGCAUGGCACGGCACUGGAUACAGGUUUAUAUCCAGAGACUGAUCAUGGCGAGAGGCAUGCCCGGCAGAACGAUACCCUUGGAUUUAAUGGUUACGCAUAUCGUAAUGUUUUUCAAAUGCGCAUCAAUCAUCAUAAACGCCAGUCCUACUUAGACAAUAAUGGAACCGUGAUAUUCUCUCCUCUUCCUUCCGCACCACAUACCAAACUCGGUUGCCAUCUUUAAUCGGUCCCUCUUAUAUUGAGAUGAUAAAAAUCCCUCAGCAUCUCAAACUCUUCCACUUAUCAAUCUCUCCAUUGUGAUAAUCGAGAUGACUACGAACCGUCCUGUCGAUCUGGGCUUGGGUGAACGAAGCAAUGUGAUCCAUCCGCAGAGCGCUGCAUAGGCGGUACAUAGCAACAAGCUCUAUAUCGGCCCGGAGCCAUUUCUCGCACUCUGCUUUGAGCCUAACCUCGCACGCGGUCCUGAACUUCUUCAGCUUCUCCACCCGCUCCAGCGGGGUGGCUUUCUGGUCGAUGUGGUAUGUGAUCAUUACAUCGCAGAGUGAGUUUAGUUGGUUGGCGGUGACCAUCUUUCUGUGCUGUUGUCAAGUGAGUGAGGUGGGAUGAGAGGGAUAUCCAUGCUGGCCAGUGCAGGAAGGCAAAGGUGAUGUGAUGGGCGCUUAGGUACACUCUGCUUAUAUUUCUCCACAUAACCCUAACCCCCUGUCGGGGUAAUGCCUCGCUCAGCCUCUCCCCCCUUGGCCAGGGCCC